AUGGUUACGAAGAAAAGUGUCGAUAUAGAGAAGGAAAAUCUUGCAAAAAACAUGUUCUCCGGAUCCAGCAGCGGUGCCGCGGGUCUUGCGCCAAAGUCAUCCGGUACGGGUGGACCCAGCGGCGGGUCGUGCAAUGCGGUGGUAAGCUUUAGCCCCAGCACCAUGGCCAACAGCAGCCAUAUGGUGCAGCAGAUCCAGCCACACGGCCAGGAUGCGCCCAACAUUUUGGUGUACAAAAAGAUGGAGGCCAUUGUCGAGCGGAUGCAAACGGAGGGCACUGGCGUGUCGGUGCGCACGGUGAAGGCCUUUAUGAGCAAAGUUCCGUCGGUGUUCACGGGAGCGGACCUGAUCCAGUGGAUCAUGGCCAACCUGACAGUGGACGACAUCAGCGAGGCGCUGCACCUGGCGCACCUGCUGGCGUCCCACGGAUACCUCUUCCCGAUCGAUGACCACCAGCUGACGGUGCGGAACGACGGCACGUUCUACCGCUUCCAGACGCCGUACUUCUGGCCGUCCAACUUCUGGGAACCGGAAAACACCGACUACGCCAUCUAUCUGUGCAAGCGCACGAUGCAGAACAAGACGCGGCUCGAGCUGGCUGACUACGAGGCGGAAAACCUGGCCAAGCUGCAGAAGAUGUUCUCACGCAAGUGGGAGUUCAUCUUCAUGCAGGCGGAAGCGCAAAGCAAGGUGGACAAGAAGCGCGACAAGCUCGAGCGCAAGGUGCUGGACUCGCAGGAGCGCGCCUUUUGGGACGUACACCGUCCGAUGCCGGGCUGCGUCAACACGACCGAGAUGGACAUCAAGAAGGCGUACCGGAAAGGCGCCUCGUCGCUGGGGUCCGGGUCGGCUGGUACGGCGGCCAACAGCAACCCGGCGGAAACGAUGGCCAAAACAAUCACCCUGCUGAAGCAGAAGCUCGACCGACGCACGAUCAAAGUUUCGAAGGUCGCCGAAUCGUACAUGUCGUACUACGAGCAGUACAGCGAGUUUGAUUACUUUUUUUCGGCUCCGGACCAUCCCAACCCUUGGCAAACGGAUAAUGCUGAAUUUUGGGACGCCGAAAAGUUGGGGAAGGACAUUCCGAUGAAACGAGUCAAACGGUGGGGCUUUAGCUUGCGGGAACUGCUGAACGACCCGAUUGGACGCGAACAGUUCACCAAGUUUCUGGAUAAAGAAUUUAGUGGCGAGAAUUUGAAGUUCUGGGAAGCGAUACAGGACAUGAAGGCUUUACCGCAGUCUCAGAUCAAGGAAGCGGCUCAGGCUAUCUGGAACGAGUACCUCGCGCCGGAUGCCGCCUGCCCGGUAAACGUCGAUUCCAAGUCGCUCGAGCUGGCCCGUGAGGUGGUCAAAGAGGGCGCAGCUCAGCCGACCCGAUGGUGCUUCGAUGUUGCGGCCGAUCACGUGUUUUAUCUGAUGAAGAGCGACUCAUACUCGCGCUUUCUGCGUUCCGAUAUGUACAAAGACUGUCUGAACGGCUCGAAGAAGAAGACAUCCGUCAAAGGACUUCGAAUAUUUUCCGGAAGAAAAGAUACGCCUGUGAUAAAUUAA